AUUAAAAACAAUUUAAUAUCAAAUGCCUCUGAACAUUAUAAUUGGUCCUGCAACAACCGAACUUAAAAUCGAUUGACCCUACGUCACAUACGGAUUACCACAUAUAGAGAGAGGGAGCGACAUUAUGGAGCACCACGGCAGUGGAUUCGUGCCCUCGCCAUGGGCUGCUGUAUUGGGGCACCACUCGAUGACGCCCGACGCCGGCUUUGCUGCCGCUGCUGCAGCGGCGCAUGUCCAGAACCACUCAAUGCACCACCCCAUCCACUCGCAUCAUCAUCACCACUCGCACUCUCACCCACAUCCACACUCGCAUCCGCACCACCACCCGCACUUAGGCGCCGCUGGGGGGAUGCCGAUGGAUCUGCAUGUGCCGCAAGGAUUCCCCUACUACAGAUACCGUGAGGAUGCUUUGUGCUGGGGCGACAGAAAAUCUAUAGAGGAGAUCGGCGCUGCACAGUCCUCGGUGAAUGCGCGGUAAGUGUUAAAGUUACCGUAAAU